AUGACUAGCAUAGCUGGCGCAGAAGCGAGCGUGCACGAGAAUGCUUCGAGCGCCAUCAUUUCGCUCUCCUGGGCUUUUCUCGUGAUCCCAUGCAUCUUCCUCGUCGGCGCCUUUGCUUGGAUACUACACAACUUCAGCCAGCCCUCCGAGUUUCCGCAGACAAAUGGCUUUGCGCAUGCCGAGCACAACCUGGACGAACGAGACCUCGGAGAUGACGACGAAAAGGAGCAGCUACUCGAUGCCUUCAGCGAAACACAGUCUCACUCCGUCAACCGCAGCGCAGCACAUGUACCGUCUGCCUCUGUCGAAUCAUCAUCUAGCUCGUCUUGGAAGAUCAACGGCAAGUUCAGCACAACCUCGAGAAGCGGCUCGGUCUACUCUUCCUAUCCGGAUCCGAGUGCUACCUACACCCCUUCGCCCAAGAGCGCGCGUCCAUCUUCGCCGAGGUCAAGCAGAGUUGUCGGUAGCAAAGCUGCCAAAGUGCUUGCGCUGAAUCGCGAUCGUAGGGUGCAAGACCUCGAGGACCUUGAUUCUGUCGAUAGAGACGAGCUGCAGCGUUCCUCGUCUCGCACCAGCGACACUCGCAAAUCCGACUGA